GCAAAUCCAGUCAAUCACUUUCCUUGUUUAUCGACGAUGCGUGUGGUACAGAUCCUCCAGCGCAGCGGCCGCGUGCUCGGCGCCCGCUCCACCGUCGCCGCCCGCGCCUUCUCUUCUCUGCCCGACCAUGAGGUCGUCGGCCUCCCGGCCCUGUCCCCGACCAUGGAGAUGGGUACGAUCUCGGCGUGGUUGAAGAAGGAAGGCGACAAGAUCAGCGCCGGCGACGUCAUUUGCCAGGUCGAGACCGACAAGGCCGUCGUUGACUUUGAGGCCCAGGACGACUCGUACCUUGCCAAGAUUCUCAAGCCCGAGGGCACGGCCGACAUCAAGGUUGGCGAGCCCAUCUUUGUCACGGUUGACGAGGCCAGCUCGGUCGCGGCCUUGGCCACGUUUACGGUCGGCGCCAACGCUGCGCCGGCGGCUCCUGCCCCGGCUGCGGCCGCGCCGGUUGCCGCGGCGCCUGUCGCUGCUCCCGUUGCUGCUGCUCCUGUCGCGACGCCGGCGCCGUCGACAAUUGCUGGCCGUAUUGUAGCUAGCCCGUUGGCCAAGAAGAUUGCGCGCGAGUCGGGUGUGACCCUCGCCGGCGUCUCGGGCUCGGGCCCGUUGGGCCGCAUCAUCCGCGCGGAUGUUGAAGAGGCGCUUGCCCGCGCCCAGUCGCAGCCGGCGGCCGCGGCGCCUGUCGCCGCUGCGCCGGUUGCGGCCGUCGCGGCCCCGAUUGUCCACGGUGACUUUACCGACGUCCCGCUCUCGGCCAAGGCCCAGGCGUUCGCGGCGCAGUUGACGCAACAGAAGCUCGACGUGCCGCACUACCACUUGACGAUCGACGUGACGCUCGACAAGCUCCUCUCGGCGCGCGACCUCUUGAACAAGACGCGUGGCGAAACCGAGCAGCUCUCGGUCAACGACUUUAUCGUGCGCGCCGCGGCGCUGACGAUGAAGAAGAUCCCGGCGGCCAACUCGGCCUGGAUGGGCACCUUUGUGCGCCAGUUCCACAACGUCAACAUCAGCAUGAUGAUGUCGGUCGACGGCGGCGUGCUCGCGCCCGUCCUCCGCGACACGAACCUCAAGGGCCUCGACGGCCUCAACGCCGAUGUCCGCGACCUCGUCGAGAAGGUCACGAACGAGCACUCGGACUUGGCCGACGACGACUUUGAGGGUGGUACCUUUACGAUCAGCAACGUUGGCAUGUACGACGUCAAGGCCCUCGCGGCCAUCGUGAGCCCCAACCAGGCGUGCUCGCUUGGCCUCGGCGUCAUCUCGAAGCGCGUCGUGCCCAACGACGACCCGGACGCGACCCAGAUCUACAAGUUUGCGACGCAGAUGACGGCGACGCUCGCCUGCGACCACCGUGUCAUUGAUGGCGCGACCGGCGCCCAGUGGCUUGCGUCGUUCAAGGAGCUCGUCGAAGACCCCUUGCGCAUGAUUCUCUAAGUACAUUUAAUAGACCAAGUCACGCGUACGCGUUGUCGACACA